UGACUUCUCCCACCAGGCAGCGACGACUAUACACCAUACCGUCCGCGGGCACUGCAGAUCGGCACGGCUGAACUGCAGCGCGAGCUGGAGGAGCGUCGGGCCAGCGAGGACCUCGGGUCGCGGAGACGGAGGAGGCGGAAAAAGACCGGGAGCUGCGCAGACACGCAAACUUCUCCCCGCGGCCUUCUUGGACUGGAGCCAAGCUUGCCUGGUUUCCCCCGGGGCCGUAGGCGACCCGAGGAUGAGGAGCAGGAGGAAGAGGAGGAGGGGGAGGGGAGGGAGGGGAGGAGGAGGAGGAGGAAAAGGGCGAAGAACGAAGAAAGAGAACGAAACGGCUAGAGGCAUUGCACGCUGCACGUCUGGGAUGAGCGGGCGACGCCGCGGAUGGAGCAGCGGGCCCCCCGACAUCAGAACGGGAGCGGCUGCCGGCCGCACAAGAAAAGCGCGCCUGUGCACGUGCACCUGCUGACGCGCCAUGGCCGGCGGCGCCUCGCACCGCAGAGGGCCAGCGCAGAAGGGACAGACGAGCGGCGGGUGAUCUUUUCAGGCCCUAGAGGUGUUCAUACGGUGGCGCUGGACGCGCGGAACUCCAGCUGUGCGCUGGCAAGAGGGAUUAGCCACGGCAACCCAGGUGCAACCGAGGUGCAAAAGGCGACUAAAGAACUAAAGAACUGUGGGGCCCGGCUGCAGACCGCGUCCGGUGUGUCGGGCACGGGCAGGCCAGGAGAGUACAGCACGGGGCCCAGCCAUACACACCACCACCACAGCCCCUGACCCCUCCCCUCUGCCGGGAAAGAGGGGAGGAGGAGGAGGAGGGCAGAGGAGGAGGAAGAGGAGGGAGGAGGAAGAGGAGGAAGGAGGAGAGAGGAAGAGGAAUAGGAGGGAGGAGGAAUCGACGUGGUGGUGGUGUAUAUUCUUGGGGCCCGCGGGCAGGCAGGGAAGCAGAGACGAAGGGCGCACACCCGUCUGGUCGGGACCUCUUGCGCUGCCGCAUGCCAGGACGAGGCGUGUCCGAGGAACGGCGCCGAAGGUCCCCAUCCUCCUCCUCC